GACGCGCCACUAUAUAUACUAGUCGACUUGCUAACGCAUCAGCGUCACCCUCCCCGUCCCCGCCCAAGGCACGAUCGAACAGAGAAAGAUCUGAGCGCCGCCCCGGCGAACGGCGACAUAUACAAUGGUGAAGAACCCAGGCAGCAAUGGCGUCCUCACGGCGACCGCCUUUUCUGACAACAAGCUGGCCAGGCCGGAGAGCGGCGUAGUUGGCAAUGGCAAGGCGGCGGCGAGGCCGUACAAGGGGGUGCGGAUGCGGAGCUGGGGGUCGUGGGUGUCGGAGAUCAGGGCGCCCAACCAGAAGCGCCGGAUCUGGCUCGGCUCCUACGCCACGCCCGAGGCCGCGGCGCGCGCCUACGACGCCGCGCUGCUCUGCCUCAAGGGCUCCGACGCCGUCCUCAACUUCCCCGCCACCUCAACCUCCUCGUCCGCGUCCGCGUCCUCGUCCCACCGGCGUGCUGACAAGGACGACGACCCGGCUGCCGGCGGUGGCAUGUCACCGAGGUCCAUCCAGCGCGCCGCGGCCGCGGCUGCCGCUGCGAUCGACGCCGACGCCGGCGGCAUCAGCGCCGACGACAGGUGCUCUUCCAGCGCCUGCGCGAUGACGCCGACGUCUGCCUCGCUGUCGUCGACGCAGGGCAGCAGCGAUCACGUCCGCCAGGAGCAGCACGCGACGACGACAUCGCCCGCCGCGGCCAGCACCGGCUCGCCGCCCGAGGGAGAGGAGCUGUGGACGGACCUGGAGGCGUUCGCCUCGCCCAAGUUCAUGGAUCUGGUGGACACCGGCGCCGCCGCGCCGUUCUCGUCGACGUGGGAGGAGCCCGAGGACGACGGCGAGUUGAUGAGGCUGUGGAGUUUCUGCUAGGCCUGUAAAGAUCAAUCGCUAUGCCGUGCCAGUGUGCAUGCAUUGUUCCAUAUAUUUUUUUUCUUCAACCUGUCAGUAUGACAGAAUUGCAAGGAGUACCGAGCUGGAGUAGGUGCAUGCAUGCCUCCAGCCAGCCAGCUUCCACCAAAGAUUCUUUUGUUUUUUGAUAAGAUCAAAAAGAUAAAUUUAAUUAUUUGUACUCA